UUUGUCAUGGAUGUACGCAAUUUAGAUGCCAAAUUGCCGACAGACAGUAUUCUAACCAAAAGAAAAAUCUGUUGUACUAUGUUUGUGGUUCUUGGUCUCCUGACUUUCUACGCUUGCUAUGUAGGAGUUGCAGUCGAACUACCUCCGGCUCCCGCAGAAAUUGACCAGAACAAAACAGAAGUAAAUACCUUAAAUAAAGCGAGCAUUCAUAGAAAUAGAACUAUUGUGUUGAUUGUAGCGUACAUGAGGACCGGAUCGACUCUAACGGGAUCUCUCUUUCGAGAGUAUUCGAGUGCAUUCUAUGUUUUUGAACCAUUGCAUAUGCUACAACAGGCUUUUAGUAGACCAGCAGACGAUAAAGUGACAUUGAAAUACGUCAAUGGAACAACAAGAAAUUAUUUGGUAUCUGAGAGAAGUGAAGUGUUCCUUGAUGAAAUUAACAGUUGGUUGAAUUGUAAAAUUGAAUCUUUAAGUAUACAAACUCUUACCUGCCGUCACCACCGAGUUUUUACAAAAGUCAUGAUGGCCUUUUUUUAUUGUAGUCAAGGUCAUUUUUCUGCUAGUAUAAGCCAUGUUGAUGCAAACCUUGAAAGAUGUUUAAGAACAGCGAUAAGUUUUUGUAAGGAGGCACAGCUAUUGGCGUUUAAAUUCAUACGCUUGUCAAUGGAAGAAGCUUCAAAACUGUUGCCAUUGUAUCCAAAUAUGAAAAUAAUACAUCUUGUUAGAGAUCCCAGAGGAAUUAUACAGUCUAAGCUCAAAAUUAAAGCAGUAACAACAAAAACUUUCAAAAAGGACGUAGUAACAUAUUGCUCCAGAAUAGAGAAAGAUCUUAAAGUUUCAAAAGAAAUUCCGCAAAAACAUCCAAAACGGUUAAAAAUUUUGCGCUACGAAGAUCUAGCUGAAAAGCCACUAGAAACAGCAGAAACUCUUUUUAAAUUUUUAGGGUUAACAUUUGAAAAACAUUUGCAAGAUUUUAUUUUUCAGCAGACGCAUGCGUCACAUAAAUCAUGUAAAUAUUGCACUCAAAGAAAGAAUUCUAGCAAAACUUCCAAUAAAUGGCGAUCACAUAUUGAUCAUAAUAUGGCGAUAUUUAUUUACGACACGUGCAGAACAAGUAAUGUUAUUUUAGGUUAUCUCCCUUUAGAAUCAGCCCAAGCGCUAAGAAACCUAACAAUUCCAUCAAGACGGUUAGUACAUGAAGUGUGAAUUAGUAAGACAACAAAAUACUGAUACUAGAUUUCAAAGCGGCCUACGGAAGAGCUAAUGAAGCCGGAAUAUCUAAAGAGGGAUGAUGUUAUAUAAGGAAUUUUGUGAUAGAUUCCAGAUCUUACAAAUAGACUUAUCCCUGUCGAGAGUAAUUUGCUGUGGAGUCAUGUAACUUUUGAUUGCAAGUAACUUGCAAUAGACGCUGGCGCUAUGCAAAACAGUUCAGAUGGAAAAACGAGCAUGAAUGAUAUUCCUAAUAGUAGACAGCGGUUUCCAUUUUGGAAGGAGCAAAAACUUGGCUGAUUCCAUUUUCUUAUUACAGCAGUGUACCAUGUUUUCAUAUAAAUUUUCAUACACAAACGAUUAUUCCAAAUUUUUGUUCGUGGACAGAUGUUACAUAUAUUAAUUCUCACACAACUUAUCACAGUACAGCCCAAAGCAACGGAACAUAAUGCUCGAGGGUACCAGCUUGGAACGAACUGUAUUGAAAAAAUAUCGGCCUAAUAAAGUAUUAUGCUUGUUGUGAUAAAUAUCAAGUUAUAUUUCCACCAGGCGAUACGUACUGCUAUAGACAUUUACGAGCACAGACCCAUGCAGACUCGUACGACUAAAGACUAUCGUACAACUAUCGAUUCAUGUGGCUAUAGAGUCAUAACAUAACAUACUAACAAACAGUUA